AAAACCUCUCUAAUCUCCGCCAUUUCUCUACUAAAACAAAAUCAAAGAACCACCAACCAUGGCCUUAACAUCACCUGAGCACACUUCCGUCUCCGUCUCCGGCUCCGGCUCCGACUCACCGAAGCGUCUGAGUCUGGGUUUCCUUACGUCUAUAUCAUCCCUCAUGUCUCUUUGCGCCAAGCAUGCAACUAGAGUCUCCACCAAGCUCAAGACCACGGCCUUGUCCACCCACCACCACCAUGACGGCGUUAAAACCCUAAAACUACUGUCGUUGAAAUCGCCGCUUGUCCGCCCUAAGCAACUAUUGAUGCAAAUAAGCAAUAAGACAAUCGCUUUUGUUCACAGCAAGAAAAGAGCCGCAGACGACGACGAGGACGCUGUGAUGGGGCCUGAGGAGUUCGGGGACGGUGGGGUCUGGCAAAAGACGAUCUUAAUGGGGAAUAAGUGUCAGCCGUUGGAUUUCUCGGGUGUAAUUUAUUAUGAUAGUAGUGGGAAGCAACUUAACGAGAUUCCUCUCCGAUCGCCUCUUGCCAGUCCUUUGCCUCGGUACUUGACUCGAGAGAAGGAAAUAGUAGAAAGUUGAUAAAACUCAAUUUUUUUUUUUUUUUUACAUUUUUUUAGCCUCUUUUUGAAAUUAUGUAUUGGUGUGGACAUAAUAAUUACAGUUUGGAGAAAUCCUGGAAAUGCAUAUGUAAUCACAUCAUCCAAUAAUUUUUUUUAAUAUUUAAUUUUAAUUAAA